AUGGCUUUGAAAGUAGUAACCCACCAAAGGCGGAACCAACCGGCAAUAUACUCCAACUCCGACAUCAUGCUACCUACCUACCUAGCUAUCUACCAACUUAUCACCACAACCAACACCAUCAUCCAUCCACCCACAGUCCACCAUCCAAAACCACACAAUCAAAAACAAUCAAAAUGCCACCCACAAAACAAGAACUCUCUCUCCUCAUCAACCCCCUCGUCCCGGAAUCUCUCCAACACAACAACAGGGUGCGUUAAACCCUCCCCCAAACCAACCAACCUCCUACGAACCCUCUCACUAACAAUACCACCUAUUUUAAUCCCACAGACAUUAUCUUCAUUACACUCCCUAACCUCCUUCCUCCUCGGCCUCACAGCCGGAAUCCUCUCCCUGCAAUCCGCCACCGGAUUCCUCUUCUACCUCCUCGGCACGGUCUUCGUGUCCGCGCUGUUCCACGCCCUGCUACUCUAUCGCUCCGGGGGAUUAGGCGCGGGGAUGUAUUUUGCGGGUGCGAAUGGAGAAGUUGAGGGGAUGGAUGAGAGGGGUGUGGUCAGUGGUAAGGGUACUAAGGGAGGUGGUAUGUUGAGACGCGCGGCCUGGAGGGAUGUUUGGUUUGGGGGUGGUGUGCUGAGUGAGGCGCUGAGUGGGUUUAUCUUGGGGUGGGCGGGUGUUGGGGGGGUUUUGAGGUGA